UCAAAACAGGAUAGAAGACGGUAGUUUCAACGUACUAAAAGUAGCCAGACUUUUGACUUUUCCCCUUUCCAGUCUGUUGAUACUUUGAUCAUCAUCAUCUUGAUCAUUCCCUCUCUCUCUGCGAUUGCUCGAGCACUUGCCACUGACUUUUCAUGUUUAAUAUUGUUCAGAGUUCAGAUUCUUUUUUUUUUUUUCUUUUCUUCUCUCAGCUCCAGUGACGAUCCAUCUCGGUCCACAUGAGAGUGGCGUUCGCUGGGGGUGGCUUUUCUCCCUUCGAUGAUUGUUCUUCUUUCUUUAAUUUUGUGCUCCUUUUCGUUUGUUGAACAACUCCCUCAUCAGCGAUCGGAAGGAAGGCGGCAGGUAGCUCCAACGCCACCAUCGCCUUCCUCUUUUUCUUCCUCCCUCGGGGAGAAUGAUCUGUUCCAGGGCGCCGGCAUGAGCUCCCAAAGCAGGAUUUUGGCUCUGUUCUUGUCUUCUCUCCUCCUGUUCUUGGAUCUGCCGGCGGCGGCUCUCGACCAGGAUGGAGUGCUUCUGUUGCACUUCAAGUACUCCGUCGUCGCCGACCCCCUCGGCGCACUCGGCGGCUGGAACUACGACGACGCCACGCCCUGCGCGUGGAAUGGCGUCGUGUGCAUGGGCUUCCCGGACGCGAACGCGUCGAGGGUUAUCGGGCUGGUGCUCCCCAAUUCGAAGCUCGCCGGCGGCGUGCCGUGGGAGCUCGGGCUCAUCGGGCGCCUGCGCCAUCUAGAGCUGUCUGGGAAUGCUCUGAAUGGGACUCUUCCGGCGUCCUUCUUCAACUCGUCUGAGUUGCGCGUGCUGUCGUUGGCUGAUAACGAGAUCUCCGGCGACAUCCCCGAGAUCCCUGAUGGCUGCUUGAACGAGCUGCAAGUGCUUAAUCUUUCCGACAACGCGCUGGUAGGCAAGGUGCCGGGUGGUCUCGCCCUGCUCCCCAAUCUCACCACCAUCGCUGUCGCGAAUAAUUACCUCUCCGGCGAGCUCCCCGCGGGCGGGUUCGGCGAUCGGGUCGAGUACGUUGACCUAAGCGCCAACUUGAUUAACGGCUCUUUGCCGCCGGACUUAGGAGGGCCAAGCCUCCGGUACCUGAACUUGUCGCGGAACCAGAUCUCCGGUGCUAUCCCGCCGCAGCUGGCAUCGGGAAUUCCGGCUAACUCCACCGUGGACUUCGCGUUCAAUAAUCUCACCGGAGAGAUCCCACAGGCCGGAGCCUUGGCCGCGCAAGGGCCUGAGGCGUUCGUCGGGAAUUCCGAACUCUGCGGGAAGCCGCUGGAGAACCUCUGCACGAUUCCCUCCACCCUCUCCGGCCCGCCGAAUUCGACGACGGGAAAUCCACCGGACUCUCCUCCAGCCUUCGCGGCGAUGCCGAGAAACGCAGCGGAUGGUGCGCCUGCCACCGGCAGCGGGCAAGGGAAGCUUCGGCCAGCGGUAAUUAUCGCGAUCUCCGUCGGAGAUGUGGCUGGAAUUGGGUUUCUCGGCGCCGUGUUUUAUUAUUUUUAUCUAAUAAAGAAGAAGAACAGAGAACAGCACCAUCAACAUCAGCAACAGGCGAAAGGAGUAGUGACUUUUGGCAUGAACAAGCAACAACCUCGGCCAUCGUCGUCGGAAUCGAGAGGAUUUAGCUGUAUCUUCUGCUGUUCGAGGAGAAAUCGCCUCGACGACGAAGAAGAAGACAGCGAAGAUGAAUCGACGUCCUCUGACCCAGAAGCAGGGGAAGAGACAAGAAACAGAGCAGAGGAAGGCGGCAGCGGCGGCGGCGGAAGAACGCCACAGCAACCAGAUGCGACUCUCAUCGCCGUCGACGGAGAGACUGAGCUCGAGAUGGAGACUCUUCUCAAAGCCUCGGCCUACAUACUCGGCGCCUCGGGGUCGAGCAUCGUUUACAAGGCGGUGCUGGCCGACGGCACCGCCCUGGCCGUCCGCCGAAUCGGCGAGAGCAGCACCAUCGACAAGCUCAAGGACUUCGAAGCACAGGUUCGCAGCGUCGCUAAGUUCCGGCACCCCAACCUGCUCCGCCUCCGGGGAUUCUACUGGAGCGCCGACGAGAAACUCCUCAUCCACGACUACGUUCCCAACGGCAGCUUAGCCAACAUUUCAUUCGCCAGCAAGAAGCAGAGCUCGUCGCCGUUCCACCUGAGCUGGGAAUCGCGCCUCCGGAUCGCGUGGGGCCUGGCGCGAGGACUCGCCUACCUCCACGAGAAGAAAAGCGUGCACGGCAACGUGAAGCCGAGCAACAUCCUCUUGGACGCGGACAUGGAGCCCAAGAUCGCCGACUUCGGCCUCGACCGCCUCCUCUCCGGUGACGUCUGCGUCGGCGGCGGCGGUUACCGACUAGGCACGUCGGCCCGGCUCUUCGGCAGCAAGAGAUCGUUGCAUUCGCAGGCAAGCUUGCCGGAGCUGUCGCCGCCGGUUUCCGGAGCAAGCCCACUCGGAUCCUCCGUCGCCUCGUCGGAGGCCCUGUACCAGGCCCCGGAAUUCCUAAAGAGCUUGAAGCCGAGCACGAAGUCGGACGUGUACUCGUUCGGGAUGGUGCUGCUGGAGAUGCUGGCUGGGAGGGUGGUGUCGGAGAUCGAAGUGGGGGAGUGGAACGCCGGCGGGCUGGUGGCUGAGGAAAGGCACAAUGUGGUGAGGAUGGCGGACCCGGCGAUGCGCGGGGAGGUGGAGGGGAAGGAGGAAGCGCUGAUGAGCUGCUUCAGGCUGGGGUUCGCUUGCUGUGCGGUGGCCCCGCAGAGGAGGCCGGCAAUGAAGGAGGUAGUUCAGGCGCUGGAGAAACUGCCGCCGCCGUCGUCUUCUCCUCCGUUCGCUUAAUUCAACUGAAUCCAAUACUGAUUUGUUGGAAAAUGAUGAUACUUUUCAAUUUGAAAAGUAAAAAAAAAUGAUAAAAAAAUUUAUUUACUUUUCCUUUU